CUUUCGUUCUCUUUUGCAAUAGCAAGACGACACCUUCAAGCGUGUUGGGACAGUUUGGUGUCAACAUGGGGAAGUUAAACGUGAACGCUCUUCGAUACAUGACUCGAGAGGACUUCAGAGUAUUAAUUGCCGUUGAAAUGGGCAUGAGGAAUCAUGAGCUGGUGCCUCCAGCUCUAGCAGCAGCAAUUGCUCAUCUUCCAGCCGGAGGUAGCCACAAAAAGCUGAGAGAGCUUCACAGACACAGGCUUGUGGCUUAUGAGCAGGGAAACAAAAGAUACAGUGGCUAUCGCCUGACAAAUGCUGGUUAUGAUUACCUUGCCUUGAAAGUGCUUGUGGAGAGAGAUGUGGUAUCAUCUGUUGGCAACCAGAUUGGAGUGGGAAAGGAGUCAGAUGUCUACAUAGUUGCCGAUGAUGAUGAGAAGCAGUAUGCAUUGAAAUUUCACAGACUUGGUCGCACUUGCUUUCGGCAAAUAAAAAACAAAAGAGACUACUUGAAGUACAGAAAGUCCGCUUCAUGGCUCUAUCUGGGAAGGUUGGCAGCAGCAAAGGAAUUUGCUUUCAUGAAGGCUCUGUAUGACAGGAAAUUCCCAGUUCCUCAACCAGUGGAGGUGAACCGCCAUGCUGUUGUCAUGGAACUUCUGAGUGGGCAUCCCAUGUGUCAAGUCAAUGAAUUGAGUGAUCCUGCCACAGUGUACAAUGAGUGCAUGGAAAUCCUUGUCCGACUUGGGAACCAUGGGGUCAUUCAUGGAGACUUCAACGAGUUCAAUCUGAUGCUUGAUGCCGACGACAGAGUCACGAUGAUUGACUUUCCUCAAAUGAUUUCCACAUCGCAUCCAAAUGCUGAAAUGUACUUUGACAGGGAUGUAGAGUGUAUCAGAACCUUCUUUGCCAAACGUUACAACUAUGAGAGUGAACUGUUUCCUACGUUUUCUGAUCUGAGGCGAGUGGAUGAUCUUGAUGUAGAAGUUGCAGCUAGUGGUUUCACGAAAGACUUGGCUGAUGCCUUUGAUCAGACGAUGGAUGAAAUUGGACUUCUGGACAACCAAGAGGUGGAACGUGAUGGGGAAGACAGUGAAGAGGAUGAUGAAGAAAAUGAUGGGAACGAUACCGAUGGAAAAGAGGAAGAGGAAACCUGUGACAAGGAGGAGGAACAUGCAGAUGAAGAAGAAGGGAAACCACCCCCAGGCAAAGACCCACGAAUUCUUAAGUGGCUGGCUCAGUCUUCAGAAGGAGAAGGGGCAAUUGAGAAAAACCUUUGUGCUCUUGGCUUUGGCGAGAUGAGUGGCGAGCAGGCUGUUGCAAGCCUUGAUGCUCCCGCACAGUCUGAUGUUGCUGGUGAUGUGGGAGCAGUGUCAACUUCAAGCGCUGCAGUUGCUGAAGGUACAGACACAGGUUUUGUCAAAGUGACCUCAAAAAGUACUCGUGAAAACUUAUCCCCACACAGUGAUACACUUCCCACAUCAAGUGAGGUACCCACUCAAGAAAACACAGAGAGCAAUAACAGUUUGAGUCAAGACAAGUUAGAACCUGUGGAGGAGUCAGAAGACGUUUUGGAGGACCUCAGCAGGGCCAACCGUGAGCUAAGACCGUUUAGAGAUGAAGAGAGCCGGCAACAUGUCAAUUCACAUCUUCAAGUAAAGUCUGAAAGAAUGUCAACCGCUACCCCAAGUAUUGCGUGUUCCAGCAUUGCCCCUGAGGUGGCACGAGGUCGUAUCCGACGUCAAGCAAAACAAAAGCAACAGGCACUUCAAGCAAGGCGGGUGAGAAAGAGUGGAGAGGCUGCCAUUUCUACCAAAGUGCGCAGGGAAAACCAAGAUGACAUCAAACAGUCGCUGGAUGCUGUUUGGUUCUGAAAUGUUCAGGCUGUAAUUAUAAUAACCAACCUAUGAUGAAUUAAACACAGAAAAUAUAUAA